CGGGCGGAGGCGGCCGAGCGGGCACGAGGAUGCGGGCGGCGGGGGUCGCGCCCAGGAUCGCGCGCAGGUGAUGCUUCUGGGAGGUGCGGCCGUCCACGCCCAGCCAGCAGCUCCCCUCAAUACGAACAUGCCGGUUAGGUUGCCUUUUGCAAGAUGAGCCAGAGUCAGCUGGUCCCCAAGUUCUCCCGGCGGUCUCCUGUCCACCACACCACCCGAAAGGGCCGCCCGGCUCAACCAAAGUUUCCUCCAGAAGACGUCCAUCAGAUUUCCAAAGACUCCUUGGAACUGGAUUCAGAAAGCCUUCCUGCAGAGAGCCAGUCCCAGCCAGAGCCGGAAGUCUGGGUACGAGGCAAGGACAUGGAGGCGGACAGCCUGGAGGAGGAGAGCCCCGUCCAGGAGAGCCUGAGUGAGACGGAGGAGGAGGCCAGCAGGAAAGCAGCGCAGAUGGCCAGCAAGGACCGCCUCCUCGAGCAGGGCCCUGGCACCAAGAUCAGCCAGUCGCCAACAGGAGACAAAUACUCAGACCUGCGCUAUGACCCAAACUGGAAGCAGAAGAAAGAAGAGGUGCAGUUGCUGAAGAUCGAGGCGUUGCCCAUGUCAGCGGGCAGCUCCAUCGAGAACGUGGCUCUGGAUCCCCUCUACCCUUCCAAGGAGACCACCAUGGAACUCCCGGGAGACAAAGGCGAGGAGAGGACCCCACAGAGCUCUGCGCCCUCCUUACUUGGGAGUGAGUUCGUAAGCCCCAGCUAUGAGCAAGGUGCCCGCCGCAGUCAUGUAUCAGAGCUGAGCGACAGUGACCUGGCCGAGAAGUCCAGCAACCUGUCCCAAUAUCUGCAGAGCUCCGGGUCACGGCCUGCGGCCUCCCAGCCCAGCUCGCGUGGCCCGCGCCGAAGGAAGUCUCGACAAUAUUUUGUGGAAAAAAACAAGCUGACUCUGGGCUUUCCCACGCCAAAGAUGGACUCUUACCUCCAGUUGCACAGCAAAAGAAGGGGGGAGACGCACCUUGAACAGAUCUUCCACCCCGUCAGAGCCACUGGCCAGACGUCCACUCAGAAUGCCAGAGAGACUGAGAACGCUGCCCUCCAACCCGAAGAUAAGUGGCACCAAAGGGCCCAGCAGCUAAAGAAUUACCAAGAACAGUGGUCUCAGCAUGAAAGCACAAAGUCCAACAGUGUACCACGAGGACCAUCUUCCGACACCACCGAUGGCCAGCAGCCAUUCAGAAGGCCUGUCAGGCGCAAGAUCCGCAAGCGAUAUAGACACCGGAUGGUCUCCAAGUCUCUGGGGCCAGAUGUGCAGGUUAUCAUCGGCCAAGGAGAGCAGAAUUCCACGACCAGACAGCAGCCAAACCAGAACAAGCCCACAAAGCAGGAGCCCAUGGUGGUCAUCUAUGCCCCACCCAGCAACCCCCAGCCCAGGGCACGGGGGGUCCAGGAGCACAGCGUCGCCCCCAAUGCAUCCGCCCCCCCCAAACAGGCUUUUGAGAACAUCGUCAUCGGUCAUAGAAACCCACUUGUCUACCCGCCACUGGUGAACGUUCACAAGGAAAGAGGGCGCAGAGACCCCGAGGAGAGACGGUUCCCAACACAGCAGCUGCAGCCCCCCACGCUGGCUUACGCCAACUUCCACUAUUCCAACGGACUCUCCAAGAGGCCGGGGCCCAGCGGCCAGAAAGGUGCUCAGACUGUUUCCAAUGCAAAUGUCAACAGCUCAGUGGAAAAGAAGAAACAUCGCAGGCAGCCCAAACAGACGCAAGCAGAGGCGAGAUACAAGAACUUGGAAAUACUGUGGAAGUUCCACCCUGCCUCCGAGAGCCAGCCACCAGCACGCGCCUCCCCGGACUCCAGGCUGGCCGAGAUCAUGGAGCAGCACCAGCAGGCCCUGAUGCAGCUGGCCGAGGUGCAGCCGAGCGAGGGCACCCCGCAUGACCACGACCACCACGUUGCCCUCCCGCACAUCCUGACCCGGGUGGACAGUGAGUCCCAGCUCCCUUCCGGGAGGCACUACAAGAAGCCCGCGCCAAUGGGCCGGAGCAAUUCGGAGAGCUACCUGUUCCAGCUAGAAAGGGGCCAACGGCAGAGGAAGAGACACAGCGUGCAGAGUUCCAAGCUGAAAGAUUAUGAAAUAAAAGACGUGAAGCUUGGGGGCCUCGGACCCGACUUUCAGACCAUAAGAGACAAAAUGCAGAAGUUAGCUCAGCAAAAGGAAUACUCCAAACAAGUCAAAGAAUACAACAUGAGGGCUCUCUCCCUCCUGUCCAAACCCCCAACUGCGAAGACAGAGAGCAGGCCUCUCAUCCCUCGGCAGAAGGCUUUGGAGUACGCUAAAACCAUCCCCAAACCUAAGUCAUCCUCAGUGAAUGAUCCUGCAUCAAAAGAAAAGAAAAAUUCAACCUAUGCUGGAAAAGAGACUUUACCGGAAAUUUCGCUGCUCGAAGUACUACAGAGCAGACAUGAACGGGAAAAACAGGCCGUGGCUGCUUUCAAGGUCCUCCACAUCGUCUAGACAACAAACGAGUAGACGUG